AAUAUCCCUCUUUUCCCCUCCCCUUCCUUCCUUUCUUCCUUCCUUCCUUCCUUCCUUCCUUCCUUUCUUCCCUCCCUCCCAGCUGGAGAAAUCCAGGACCCAACGGAAAUCCGUGCUUCCCGAUGCCGGAUACUCUCUCUCUCUGUGUCUGUGUCUCUGGGCUGGCAGGCUGGGAAAGAAAAGCUCUCUUUUUCCUCCCUUUCUUAGGCUGGAAGAGACCCCUCUUUUGCUCCAUUUUGAAGGGGGGAAAAAACCCACCCAUAGAAGAAGAAGAAGGAGAAGAAAGAAGGAGGAGAGCAGCUCUUGCCAAAACACCGGGAUCCAGACCGGGAGGCAUGAUAGUUUUUGGACUGUGAUAAGAGACAGAAAAGAGAGAAUGAUCCGCUGGCGAAGGAGAAGGACGGCAAGGGCCAGGAGGCCUUCUUCUUAAAAGAAACCCUGGAUCCGUCCCACAGAACCAGCCUUGAUUGACACACAAACACAAGAGACAGACAUCGCGGCUGCUUCAACGCACUCACGGUCCACCUGUUACUCCUGAGUGUGUCCUAAGAUGCCCUAGCCGCCCUCCUCGGAUCCAGACGCGUCUGCCAAGAGUGUGCCGGGGUCCGGCCCCCUUCCCGCCGCCGCCAUGCCUCCGCGGCCCUCCUCCGGGGAGCUGUGGGGCCUCCACCUCAUGCCCCCGCGCAUCAUGGUGGACUGCUGCCUGCCCAACGGGAUGAUCGUCACGCUGGAGUGCCUGCGCGAGGCCACCCUCCUCAGCAUCAAGCACGACCUCUUCAAGGAGGCACGGAAGUACCCGCUCUUCCACCUGCUGCAGGAGGAAUCUUCCUACAUCUUUGUGGGGGUGACGCAGGAGGCCGAGCGGGAGGAGUUUUUCGACGAGUCCCGGCGGCUUUGCGACCUGCGCCUCUUCCAGCCCAUCCUGAAGGUCAUCGAGCCGGUCGGGAACCGGGAGGAGAAGAUCCUCAACCGGGAGAUCGGGUUCGCCAUUGGGAUGCCCAUCUGUGAAUUUGAGCUGGUCAAGGACCCCGAGGUGCAGGAGUUCCGGCGCAACAUCCUCUCCGUUUGCCGCGAAGCCGUGGAGACGCGGGGCUCGGCGGGGCCCCAGAGCCAGGCCCUCUACGUCUACCCCCCCAACGUGGAGUCCAGCCCCGAGUUGCCCAAACACGUGUACAGCAAGCUGGACAAAGGUCGGAUCAUAGUGACCAUUUGGGUUAUUGUGUCUCCAAACAACGACAAACAGAAAUACACCCUCAAGACCCCGCACGACGCGCUGCCGGAGCAGGUGAUCGCGGAGGCCAUCCGGAAGAAGACCCGGAGCAUGCACCUCUCGCCGGAGCAGCUGCGCCUCUGCGUGCAGGAGUACCAGGGGAAGUACCUGCUCAAGGUGUGCGGCUGCGACGAGUAUUUGCUCGAGAAAUACCCGCUCAGCCAGUACAAGUACAUGCGGAACUGCAUCACCAUCGGCCGUCUGCCGCACCUGAUGCUGAUGAGCAAGGAGAGCCUCUACAGCCAGCUGCCGGCCAACGUCUUCGUGCUGCCCUCCUACGCCCGGCGCUCGGCCACCUCCGCCCACGUCAACGGGGACGUCCCCUCCAAGUCCCUCUGGUCCAUCAACAGCCUCCUGCGCAUCAAGAUCCUCUGCGCCACAUACGUCAACGUCAACAUCCGGGACAUCGACAAGAUCUACGUCCGGACAGGUAUCUUCCACGGCGGAGAACCCCUUUGUGACAACGUCAACACCCAGCGGGUUCCCUGCUCCAACCCUCGGUGGAAUGAGUGGCUGUCGUACGACAUUUACCUGCCGGACCUUCCUCGGGCCGCCAGGCUCUGUGUCUCCAUUUGUUCCGUCAAAGGCCGCAAGGGAGCCAAGGAGGAGCAUUGUCCCUUGGCCUGGGGCAACGUCAACCUCUUUGACUACAAGGACACGCUUGUGGCCGGGAAGAUGGCGCUGAACCUGUGGCCGGUGCCUCACGGACUGGAGGACCUGCUGAACCCCAUUGGAGUGGGGGGCUCCAACCCCAACAAGGAGACCCCCUGCCUGGAGCUGGAGUUCACCUGGUUCAGUCACACGGUGAAGUUUGCCGACCCCACGGAGAUCGAGGAGCACGCCAACCGGGCCAUGUCGCGGGAACUGGGCCUCAACUACUGCAUGGUGGGGCUGAGCAACCGCUUGGCCCGGGACAGCUCCCUGGACGAAAGCGAACUGGAGCAGCUGCGCAACAUCUGCAACCGGGACCCUCUUUCCGAGAUCACGGAGCAAGAGAAGGACUUCCUCUGGAGACACCGGCAUUACUGCGUCAACAUCCCAGAGACGCUUCCCAAGUUGUUGCUGUCCGUCAAGUGGAAUUCGCGGGACGAGGUGGCCCAGAUGUACUGCCUCGUGCGGGAGUGGCCGCUCAUCAAGCCGGAGCUCUCCAUGGAGCUGCUGGACUGCAACUUCCCGGACCCCGUGGUGCGGGAGUUCGCCCUCAAGUGCCUGGUCAAGGGCCUCACCGAUGACAAGCUCUCCCAGUAUCUCAUCCAGCUGGUGCAGGUCCUCAAGUACGAGCAGUACCUGGACAACCCCCUGGCCCGCUUCCUGACCAUGAAGGCCCUCACCAACCAGCGCAUCGGACACUUCUACUUCUGGCACCUCAAGUCCGAGAUGCACAGCAAGCCGGUCUCGCAGCGCUUUGGGCUGAUGUUGGAGGCCUUCUGCCGUGGCUGUGGGAUGUACUUGAAGCACCUGAACCGGCAGGUGGAGGCCAUGGAGAAGCUCAUCAACCUGACCGACAUCCUCAAGCAGGAGAAGAAGGACGAGACCCAGAAGAUGCAGAUGAAGUUCCUCGUGGAGCAGAUGCGGAGGCCGGAUUACAUGGAGGCCCUUCAGGGCUUCAUCUGCCCCUUGAACCCCGUUCACCAGCUGGGAAACCUCCGGCUGGACGAGUGCCGGAUCAUGUCUUCUGCCAAGCGUCCCUUGUGGCUCAACUGGGAGAAUCCCGACAUCAUGUCCGAACUGCUCUUCACGAACCACGAGAUCAUAUUUAAGAAUGGAGAUGACCUUCGGCAGGACAUGUUGACGCUGCAGAUCAUCCGGAUCAUGGAGAGCAUGUGGCAGAACCAAGGGCUGGAUUUACGGAUGCUGCCCUACGGCUGCCUGUCCAUCGGGGACUGUGUGGGGCUCAUCGAGGUGGUCAAGAGCUCCCACACCAUCAUGCAGAUCCAGUGCAAGGGCGGCCUCAAGGGAGCGCUGCAGUUCAACAGCAACGCCUUGCACCACUGGCUCAAGGACAAGAACAAGGGAGAGGGGUACGAUGCUGCCAUCGACCUCUUCACCCGCUCCUGCGCCGGAUACUGCGUGGCCACCUUCAUCCUGGGCAUCGGUGACCGCCACAACAGCAACAUCAUGGUCAAGGAUGAUGGGCAGCUCUUCCAUAUCGACUUUGGCCACUUCCUGGACCACAAGAAGAAGAAGUUUGGCUACAAGCGGGAGCGCGUCCCCUUCGUCCUGACCCAGGACUUCCUCAUCGUCAUCAGCAAAGGCGUCCAGGAGUGCACCAAAACCAAAGAGUUCGAGAGGUUCCAGGAGAUGUGCUACAAGGCCUACCUGACCAUCCGCCAGCACGCCAACCUGCUGAUCAACCUCUUCUCCAUGAUGCUGGGCUCGGGGAUGCCGGAGCUGCAGUCCUUCGACGACGUGGCCUACCUGCGCAAGACCCUGGCCCUGGACAAGUCCGAGCAGGAGGCCCUGGAGUACUUCACCAAGCAGAUGAACGAGGCCCACCACGGCGGCUGGACCACCAAGAUGGACUGGAUCUUCCACACCAUCCGCCACAUGCCCCUGAGCGAGGCCAGCCACGACUGAGGAGGAGGAGGAGGAAGGUGCAGAGGGCAAGGAAGGGGCCACGCUCCGAGGGAGAGGGGCAGGGGACACGCCGUGGUUCUCUCUUGGGAUCCAGAGGUCUGGAGAGGAAGGCAAGGAAGGAAACAAGAGACCCGGAGGAGAUCGGGGCGCAGAUCGGGGAGCAAGCGGAGCCUCUUCCCUCCGGAGAUGCACCGUUUAUGUUCCGUUCUUUUCCCCAGCCCACCAAACGAGAAGCCGAUCCCGCCCUCCGCCCUUGACACAAAGACCUCUCCCCACCCGGCCACAUCAUACUUGAAUGUCCCCUCUUCUCUCCCCACUUUACGAGGAAAAAGGGUUGCGGGGAGGAGGGCGGCGCGGCCAGGGAUUCGGGGCCGAAAGGCAGAAGGUUCGAGGGCCGUCCAGGGUCCGGGACGAAGGCGACGGCGAUACUUGAAAAUGUCUGUAAGGCGAAACGAAAGGAAAAAAAAAUGAUUAUUUUCUCUC